UUUACUUCCAUUGCUCUCUCGGUAGCUGGCUUUUUUUUCGCCACCCGCAAGGCAAAUCGUCUACUCAGCUGUCUUGCGCCCCGGCCUUUCUAUUUCUUAGGGCACUGAGAAACCGGGCUCCGCUUCGACUAUCAUGGAGUUAUCGACUAACUUCCCCCUUCAUAUAGGAGAAUGGUGUGCGAGUGAUACCGUGCAGCCGCUGAUCGGUGUCUUAGAUGUCAAAUGGAAGGGAGAGGAAUCUUUUCUCGACGAGAUGGAUCUUUCGGAUUCGAUGGCGACUACGGUUGCAUGGGGGGUGGGGGGAAGGAGCUACAUACGCAAUAGCUGUCCGGAUGGGCGGAUGGCGAGCGGGCGAAAAGUCCGCGUUUUCCCUUCGACAGCCAAAGACCUCAGAGACAUAGGGAGCAAGGAAGGGAAUCGGCAUCGGUUCGCACGGCUCCGAAGGGAGCUCAUUUCGGAGUGGGCGUCUGCAUGUCGAAAUGCUGUCCAGUGUACUCUACAUUGGGUAUUCCUUCUUGCUGGUUCCCCACGCCGAGAGAUGGCACGGUGCUACAGCACUGCAACUGGGCGUUUACACUCAUGUCGGGCAGAAUGGAUGUUGCCUUGGGCGAGGCCCGUUGGGGGACCGAUCUACGAGAAUACAUGUGCUCGGUUGACCAAUGGAUCGCCAGAGAUUGUGGAGACAGGGAAGGCAACACCGUCUGUUGAGCAGCAAACUACUCCGGAAUCAACCUUAUUAGCCAUGAGGUGCCAGACAUCUCGCCAGCCAGCCAGCCAACCAGCCAGCCAACUAGUAUGCAGAGGUUACAAUUACUGUUUGCUGGUCUGGCCGAGGUGAUGAGGCUGCGAGAGUGGUGUGGGGGCAGUAUUGUAUGCUGCAGAUGAAACCACUCGUAAGUGGACUUCUCAAAGGUUGUCCAGGGACAUGGUCAUGACCAUGACCGACCAUCUUGUCUUGUCCAUCCAGGCAGCUCUCCCGACUCUUCAUCAUGUCGGUAGAUUUCGAGGUGUCUGGGAGCAGCGCAAUGACGGACAGUCCGACCAUGGGAUGAUUGCUGUUCCAGUCGGUUGAGGUUGUUUCGACCCUUUCCGGAUCCAGAAAUCCGACAGAAAGAAGAAAUGUCUCUCUCUCCCUCCCUCCCUCUCGUUCUUCCUGCG